UCGCUCCACCAUCUCAAGCUGAGAUCUAGCUAACACAUAUAUACUUCAUCACUAAGCUAGUUAAUUAGCUGCUAGCUUGUUCGUUAGAUCAAGAGAUCUGGGAAUGGCUGCUCGUCGGAUGGCCGUGGUUGCGGUGGUGGCCGUGCUGGCGGCGCUGGUGGUGGCGGAGACGGCGUCUGCGGCGGUGAGCUGCGGCGACGUGACGUCGGCGAUCGCGCCGUGCCUGUCGUACGUGACGGGGAGGAUGAGCGCGCCGUCGUCGUCGUGCUGCAGCGGGGUGAAGACGCUGAACGGGAAGGCGUCGUCGUCGGCUGACCGGCGCACGGCGUGCAGCUGCCUCAAGAGCAUGGCCGGCUCCGUCCGGAAUCUCAACAUGGGCAACGCCGCCACCAUCCCCAGCAAGUGCGGCGUCUCCGUCGCUUUCCCCAUCAGCACCUCCGUCGACUGCUCCAAGAUCAACUAAUUACCUGAUGGUGCUAGCUAGCUAGCUAGUUGGCGUUACGUGAAUUCCAGUAUAUACUACGCUGAGUAUAUGCAAUGAUCGACAAGCUGGGAUGGGAAGAUCUAGCUAGUGACUGUCACGGCUAGCUUAAUUUGUUUUCAUUUUCUUCUGCGGCAUGCAUGCGUGCGUGCGUGCACUAUAUAAUAUGUAAUAAAUAAUGUCUUUCAAUGCUUGCUUACGUGAAGUGUACCCUGUACACUACAUAUAUAUAAUCCAAUAAUUAAUAAUGUCGUACUGAUAUACGUACGUGUGCAUACGUACGCACUUGAACUGAA